AGGACGCCUCGCUGCGGAGACCGAGCUCGGUGUCCACCGUCACCUUCGCAGGUGCUGCUCGCGAUUACAAGCUGGAUCACCUCCGCUUCAAGGUUUGGGAGUCCGUGGAGAGGGCACGCGUGGUCUACGUGGAGUCGGUCUUCCUGACUGUCUCGGCGGAGUGCGCCAAGAUCCUGGCCGAGCACUGCGCCAAGAUGGGCAACGUGUUCUGCCUCAACCUGUCGGCGCCCUACCUGUGCCGCUUCUUCGGCGACAGGAUACUGGCGCUGAUCCCCUACACGGAGUACCUGUUCGGGAACCAGGCCGAGUUUAUGGCGCUCCGGGAGCACCGCAAGGACAUAGGCGCCACCAUCGACGAGGUGGUCACGUGGCUCAGCAAGAUGCCCAGGGCGGACGGCAACGCCAGCAAGCGCCGGUACGUCGUCGUCACCAACGGCUGCCAACCAGUAGUUGUGGCGUCGACGUGGCAGGGUUAUGGCGUGAAGGUGCAGAGGUACCCCGUGCCGCCCGUGCGCGCCGGCCGCUGCGGGUACAAAGACGGAGCUGGGGACGCUUUCGCCGGAGGCUUCCUCUGCGGCCUGCAGCUGCAGCUCGACGCGGACGGGUGCGUGCAGCUGGCCCUGCACGCCGCGCUCUGCGCCGUGGAGCGCCCGGGCCCGGGCGUGCCGGUCUUCAAGGCCCCGCCGCGCAUGCCGGGGCUCUCCUGACCCCGGCGCGGCCGCCCCCCUCGGCGCCGGCGAUCGAGGAGGGGGCGCGGCCGGCGGG